UUCACACUCCCACUUACACCCACAUCACACGCGAACCACCAUGUCCCCCAUCGCACUCACGCUGGUCGGCAGCACGGGCCUGACGGGCGCCAGCGCGCUGCAGCACCUGCUGUCGAGUCCGACGACCUUCGCGCUGACGGCGCUCUCGCGGCGCACCGACGCGCACACUCCGUCGAACAAGGGCACAAGCUACACCAACCGCGUCGUGGCCGACCUCACGACCGUCGCGGCCGCGCCCGAGCCGCUCGUCGCCAGCGGCGGCGUGUACGUCACGGCGCUCGGCACGACGCGCGCGCAGGCCGGCGGCGUGAAGCAGCAGGAGGCUAUCGACCUCGACUUGAACCGCGACCUCGCGACGCGUGCCAAGAAGGACGGCGCGGCGACGAUCAUCGUAGUCUCCUCGGCGGGCGCAGACGCAAACUCGUACUUUGCCUACCCGCGCAUCAAGGGCCAGCUCGAGGAGGACGUCAAGGGCCUCGGGUUCGAGCGUACCGUCAUUCUCCGUCCCGCGACGCUGCUGUACAGCGGAGACCGCGCCGAGAAACGUACCGCCGAAGGCUGGUUCGUCGGCCUCAUCAAGGGCGCGCGCGCUAUCGGCCUCCCUACCGGUGCGCUCGGCAUCGACAUUGAGGACGUCGGCGCCGCCAUUGCCCAGCUCGCGGCCAACCCUCCCGAGGGCGUCUCGACCCUCUACGACGCCGACCUCGUCAAGCUCGCGGCCGAGUUCCGCGCCUCGCAGGCCGCGCCCGAGAAGUAGUACGGCUACCCGCUACCCGCUACCGCUAUAUGAUAAUGCAUAAUUCGCCCAGUCUCUAUCUUCUGAGUGUGGGCACUACGGCCCGAGCUGUGAGCAGAGCAGAAUCGCGCGGCUCCCUGCACUGCUGCACACAUCACACCCCGCCUAGUCCACACGGAUCGAGUGGUACAGCCGCCUGAUGGCAAAGUAUGUCGAGAUGUAACCAAUCGAUCCGCCAAGCAGGAAGUUGAGCAGGGAGAAGAGGAAGAGGUAGCCAAAGUAGAGCACCACGGAAGGGAAGUUGCCAAACGACAGCCGGCUCGCCCAGUACCACACACCGUACACAAACAUCCAGAAGGCACUGCCGCCGCCCACGAGGAACGCGCGCCACUGCCAGCGGUACUCCUCGGCGCAGAGGAUAAAGUACACGAACAGGAUGCUGACGGUGGCCGUCGUCAGAGUGACGACGAGGAAUGUCAGGAAGAGGAAGCCGAACGCGUAGUAAGCUCUGUUGCCAAACAGGCUCGAGAGCACAAAGUAGAGCUCGACAAACGCCGCGCCGAAGGGGAGGAUACCGCCAAUGAUAGCCGCAGGAACAGGCUGGAGGUACCACGGGAUGGGCGGGAUCUGUCUUGGGAUCGAGUUGACGCGCACAGGGUGCGAGAAGCCACCGUGCUUCAUGCCGAGGAAGUAGCCUGCAACGGCGAGCGGCAGCGAGAGCAGGAACCAGAGCAGAAGGAUGGCGAGGAUGGUGCCGAACGGCAUGGCGCCGGAUGCCUUGGCAAAGACAAGGAACAGGUUGAGCAUGCCGAUGAUCGUAAACGUCACAAUAGGGAACAGCGUGGCCGUGAGGAUGAGGUUGGGCUUCCAGGUCUCACCGCCGAGGGUCGUGAAAACGCGCGCAGAGACGUAGCCCGCAAUACCGCUCAUGAGGGUCCAGCACACCAAGAGGACAGUUGCAAGCGAUCCACGGCUUGAGGGCGAAAGGAAGCCGAACAGCGCAAACACGAGGGUGACCGAUACCAUGCAGAUGAGCUGGGCGCCGUUGCCGACCAUGACCGAGAGCAGCAUUGGGCGGUCGGGGGCACGGAACACCUCGCCGUGGACGAGCUUCCAUCCAUAGUCCUCCUGAACGUCCUCGGCAAGGUCGACAGCGUUGUAGCGGUGGAUAUCCUUGGACAUUGUGCGGUAGAGGAUCAUGGCGACCAUGAAGGUGAGGAAGCCGACAAUGACGAGCGAGUUGAUGAGAGAGAACCAGUGGAUCUUGGGGUCAAAGACGUGAAGGUAGCUGUCCCAGCGGAGCCCCCAAGGAAUAUCGCUCUCGAUAAACUCGACCGUGUACGUGUAGUAGAACUCGUUUGUUUGCGAGUCGGACAGCUUGUAUGGCGCGUUCACAAAGCAGUUUGGCGUCGUCUCGCUCUUGACAAUCGAGUCGACGGACCGGGGGUAGACCAUGACGCCGACGACACGGAAAUGCUCAGUGCCACGCUUGUGGUACUGGAUGUAGAUGUCGUAGUGGUUGUUGAGCUCUGGGUGGUGCACGUCCUUGGUAGCAUCGCCAAGGGAGAAACCCUGCGCGUCGAGGAACGUCUCGCCAGUCUUGGUGUCUCUCUUCUGCUCGCUCGACGGCAGGCCGUCGAUGAUAAAGUUGAGACCAUAGUUUUCACGGAUGCGCGCGUUGAUGAACACGGCGUCGAGCUGGGGGACCGAGGACUUGCACAGCGGGACACAGGUCUGGUUCUCGAGCAUCUUGAUGUUGAACGGACUGGACAGGAUACGGUCGCCAAAGAGGAUCGAGCCAAGCGACUCUGGCUGCUUGACUGGUUCGCCUUCGGGGCGACAGAAGUGGAAGCGCUCGUCAUAGUAGUCGAGCGAGAUGAGCGACUUGAGGGUCGCAUUGAGCAUGGGCGAGAGCGAGUUGACAAACACGUCAACCUUGUCGCCCUUUUUGUAGUCGUGCGGCGCGCUGCCGGGGAGGUAGAAUGCCGACACGGGAGAUAAUGUCGACGAUGCGGCGAGGACGACCGCCAGGGCCGUGGCUGCAAAGUUGCGCAUUGUGGUGAGUGGAGUGAUAAGGACAGGAGGAGGAGGAGGAGGGGUAGGGGUAGGGAGGGGAACCGCGCAGUGUCGUCGUCGAGUAGGAGGGAUCUACACGCGGACAAGGGCGGCCAGGCGGACAAGAGGCGUGUGGGCGUGUGGAGUGACGAGUGUCUGUGGUGGGUGAGUGUCAAGCGAUUGCGUGAAGACGCGGUGGGGUGGGGGAGGGAAGUUGAGUGA